UGCCGCUGCUCAGGGAUCAGCUCUGGUGACACUGCAGCCCGCAACACCUUCUGAUCGAACCGGGACACUUUCCUCUUUUAAUUGUGUAUGAUUACAUUUGGAGGGACACUGCCAUAUUAGAAGAUCUGAGUUUUAACAGAUGAGAGGAGAAGAGAUGCUCUGUCUGCCUGACUCAGGCGACUGCUUACGGGAGCGGAUGCAGUACAUGAUGAGGUCACUGCAGGACCUGAAACAACUACGCAAAAACUGCCCCGCAGCCAGAAGCCCCCUCAGCACCCAACUCCCAGCUUUAGUGUGCCACUCUGCAGUGGCGCGCGCCUGUCAGCAGCGAGCUUUGCUGCGAGAGCAACGCACACGCCUGCGGCUGUCUGAUGCCAGCACGGCGAGCACGUACGACUCGGCCUGCUGCCUGGCGAGUCACCUGGAGGAGGACGAGGAUGACUCGAGCAGCCGGCUGGGCCUGAGCCUCAGACUGGGUCUGGGCUCCCCCAGCAGUCAGAAAAGCUUGGAGUUUGAUUCAGGUUACUCUGAGGCGUCAUGGCAGGACGAAGUGGCGGUUCUCAGGAGGACCAGGAAUGUGCGGGUGUCAUCUUCAGCCUGCCUCCGCACUAACAGAGCCCCAAGUGGACGCAUUCGACCCAAAUCCACAUCUGACGCCUGUCUGGAGAGGUGGACAUCGUUUGAGGUCAGCGACCCAGAGGACUGGACAAACUCUUUAUUGACCAGGGGACGCAACCGCCAACCUCUGGUUCUGGGUGACAACAGCUUUGCAGACCUCAUACAGAACUGGAUGGACUUACCAGAUUGUGCCGAGCCCACCGAGCUGAAGCCAAAUACAAGAAGUAAACAGGGAAGAGGUUUCUUUGUCAACAUGAGGAGGAAACUGGCUGGGUUUUCCAGGACUGUAGAGGACAGAGUGAGGAUGAGAUCCACAGACUCUUCUCAUAUUAACAGAACUGCAAAUGCUCCAAAACGUCUGUCCUGUCCAGUCGUGGCAUUGCAGCCCAAAGUCCCUUUUUUCCACAAGUCUUACUCAUGCAUUAACGAGAUGGACAAAGAGUUUUACCACUUUGCAGCCCUCCUGAAAUCACGCAGCCGACAGCCCAUAAUCUGCAAAGAUAUCAUUGGCUACGUAUGACACAAAGCCAUGUAAAGACUGGACAAUCCUCAGAGUCACUUCAUAUUUGAUAUGACUGUGUUUUCAUUUCUUAUAUGCUGUGACUAAGUUAAUCAAAAUAAAGAU